AUGGAGGUUGCUUAUAACACAAAGGGCUUGGCAUUGUAUCAAAAGAAGUACACAGCAAAUCUCUUGGAGAAAUUUGGCAUAUUGGAGGCAAAACCUGCUUCAACACUGAUGGACUAUUCAGUGCAUCUCUCCAGGACCUCAGGAGCGCCCCUCACCGAGCCCACUUUGUAUAGAAAGCUCAUUGGCAAGCUCCAAUAUCUUACCAACACCAGACCUGACAUUGCUUUUGCAGUGAAAAAAUUAAGUCCAUAUUUGGAGUCUCCUACUCAAGACCAUUACAAAGCGGCCCUACGAGUUCUACGUUACUUGAAGAAUGCCCCAGCCACGGGUUUUUUUUCCCCUUUUGUUACUGACUUCAAACUCAUUGGUUUUGCUAAUGCGGAUUGGGGGACAUGCCCCGAUACCAGGCACCCAGUCUCUGGUUACUGUUUCUUUCUUGGCACAACGCUGAUCUCUUGGAAGAGCAGCAAGCAACAAACUGUGUCGAGAUUGUCUUCUGAAGCGAAAUAUCGAGCCUUGGCCAAUGCCAUUUGUGAAUCUCUCUGGCUUCUUCGCCUGCUACAUGUGCUUAGUGUGAGUCAUCCCCAGCAUUUUCUUCUGUACAGUGAUAGCCAGUCUGCUUUAGCCAUGGCAGCCAACCCGAUCCUGCAUGAAUGA